AGAGUAUUAAGAAGAAGCCGAGCUGCCGCGCCUCCAGGGGCGCCAGGCUCCUAGAUGGCGAACGGCAGCGAGCUGGCAGAAGCCGGCAGCCCGGCCCCAAGCAGCGGCGCGGGCGGCGCGGGCGGCGGGGGCGGCGGGAGCGGCGGCCCGGCCGCCCUGGGCCUCAAGCUAGCCUCGCUCAGCCUCAUCCUGUGCAUCAGCCUGGCCGGCAACGUGCUCUUCGUGCUGCUCAUCCUCCGGGACCGCCACCUGCACCGGGCGCCCUACUACCUGCUGCUCGACCUGUGCCUGGCCGACGGGCUACGCUCGCUAGCCUGCUUCCCGGCCGUGCUGCUGUCUGUGCGGCGGGGCGCGGGCGCCGUUGGGGGGGCGCCGCCGCCCGGCGCGCUGGGCUGCAAGCUGCUCGCCUUCCUAGCGGUGCUCUUCUGCUUCCACGCCGCCUUCCUGCUGCUGGGCGUGGGCGUCACCCGCUACCUGGCCAUCGCCCACCACCGCUUCUAUGCCAAGCGCCUGACAGGUUGGCCGUGCGCCGCGGUGGUGUGCGUGGCGUGGGUGCUAGCCCUGGCCAUGGCCUUCCCGCCCGUACUGGACGUGGGCACCUACCGCUUCGUCCGGGAGGAGGCGCAGUGCACCUUCGAGCACCGCCACGUCGGGGCCAACGAUACGCUGGGCUUCAUGCUCAUGCUGGCCGCCGUGGUGGGCGCCACCCACCUGGUCUACCUUCGCUUGCUCUUCUUCAUCUACGACCGCCGAAAGAUGAAGCCGGCCCAGCUGGUGCCCGCCGUCAGCCAGAACUGGACCUUCCACGGGCCCGGCGCCACCGGCCAGGCGGCCGCCAACUGGACAGCGGGUUUCGGCAGGGGACCAACGCCGCCCACGCUGGUGGGCAUCCGCCCGGGACCCGGGGGGCAGGCCCGGCGCCUCCUUGUGCUGGAGGAGUUCAAGACGGAGAAGAGGCUUUGCAAGAUGUUUUAUAUGAUCACUCUCCUCUUCCUCCUCCUCUGGGGCCCCUACAUCGUGGCCUGCUACCUAAGGGUUUUCAUCAAGGCCGGAGCUGUGCCCCAGGGCUACCUGACCACCUCCGUGUGGCUCACCUUUGCCCAGGCCGGCGUGAACCCCAUCUUGUGUUUCAUCUUUAAUAAGGAGCUGCGCGUCUGCUUCCGAGCCCAUUUCCCCUGCGGCCAAAGCCCCCAGACCACCCAGGGGACCCUUCUAUGCGAUUUGAAAAGCAUUGGCAUAUAAGAGCGCCCAUGACCAUCUGCCCUUGCCCCUCCCCUCCGUCACGGGAUGUUUUCUUUUUACCCCAGGAGGAAAAAAAAAUCUCAUUUCUGCCACCUUUCUAGGUUGUCUUCCAAACCAGACUGUAAAUGGGGACAGAAUCUACAUUUAGACUGGCGAGAAGUAAUUUUUGUGAAUUGGUAUUUGCUUUUGAAUAAGGCACCUCCCCCUCUCCCCUUUUCCUAACAGUCUUGGCUACAUUUAUCUUCUAAAGUAAAUUUUUGAUCUGGACAAUAGACCCCGCGGUGUUUUGUACAGUACUGACGUCUUUUUUUUUAAGCCUAAACUAAUUUUAUUCGUGCAAGGCCAAGACCAAUUUUCUACAGAAGCUAUUUUUGACAACCUCAAGUGGUAUUAUAUGUUGAAGUGAAGUAAAAGAGAAUUCAACUUUUAACGAUUUCACGGGUUAGAUUUCUUGAGGGUCUUCUGUUAGAUCCAGGCGACAGGGGAAAAAAAAAUAUUAAAACUGAAGUUGCUGGUUCAACAACUGCUCCUGAUAUUGUAGAUAUUGUAGCAGUAACUGGGUGUGAGGAUAUCUAUUGCACUAUUCCUUUGGAAACAAGUAAGAACUUUGUGAGAAACUGGAUUUAAAAUUGGAGAGUUAAAGUUUAAUUCAGCAGCUGUAAUGCAGUAAUUUUUAGGCAGUGGACUUUCCUAACUUCAUAAACAAAGUUAUAACACUUCUGGAAAAUACUUGUAAAACACGACUGUUUUCUAUAUUAAAAUGACUGUUUUCUAUAUAACAGAGAUAACAUUUCUGUACAAUCAUAACUUUUAAAAUAGUAAAAAAAAGUGUUCUGAUUAAUUGUGUAAAGAAAAUGUUGCAUGUUUUUAUAUACUGAAUACAAGUUACUGGCUGGUAUAGCAUUGUCAAGCACAGAGUAUUAUUUAAAAUUGCUUUAAGUAUUUUUGACAAUAAAAAAUAGCUGAAAUAAUUUUAUGGAAACAGUUUGCACAUUGAAUAGCUUAGGUUCACUCCCCCCUUCCUGUUUUAUGCAACUAUUUCCAUUUGGUAAAUUGCUCUUCUGUUAAUAAUAUGAAUGGAUGGAUAAUUAUGGUAUACUACUUUUGAGAGACAAAGUGUUUCCUUUAAAUGUUUGCCAGGUUAAAUUGUGCUGUUAUACUGAUUGUUAUUUUAAAUUAAUAAUGAGAACUAUAGUUUUAAAGAAUGCUUCUUUGUAAGACGUAAUCUUAAAAUGAAAUAUGAAAGUCUCUAAGUGCUGUCUAUUAUUUUUGUUUUACAAUGCUCCAUUUUUAUUAACAGAACUUCCAUUUAAAAAUUUAUAUCUGUAUUUCUCAUUUGCAUUAGACAAACUGAAAUAUACCAAUAUUUUUA